AUGAUCCAUCUCACCGGAUCGACACUGCCGAAGAAAGGCAACUCCGUACUGCUCUCUUCUGCUGCGGUGGGGCCACAAACCGAGGCGUCCUGCUUUUCUUUCUGGUACUACAUGUUCGGAGGCGAUGGCGUGGAGCUGGAGUUGUACUUAAAGAAGGCGGUCCAUUCAGUUGGCGCCCCGUGGAACGAUGACAAGUUGUUCAGUCACAAAGACCGCACGACUGCCGACCGAUGGUACAACGUCCGCCGGACUGUGUCCCUCGACGAAGGAAGCAACAAGUUUGUGUUCGCAUUGACGGCCAUUCGUGAUAAUCCAAACGCGGCUGUUGUUGCUUUGGGUCCUCUGGAUUUCAGUCACGGUCCAUGUGACGUGCUUACAGACUCAAAAGGCUACUGUGACUUCGAAGUGGACGAAUGCGGUUGGACGUCGGACGAGGUCUGGAAGCGGGGAGUGAAACUAUUUUCGUAUGAUGACCCGGGCCACCACGUGCGUUCUGGACCUGUCAAUUCUGCUUACGUAAUGAUGGCCGCCGUCUCGUCACACACCAAGAAAGUUGUCGCCCUGACCAGCCCUGAAUUUCCUGGUCAGCGUGAGCCGCAGUGCUUGGAGUUCUGGUACCUUGAGACAGGUUCUGGAUAUGCCCCACUGCAGGCUGAGAUACUGGUGAAUGGAGAAAGCAAACUCAUCUGGACCAAGCCGUCAUUCUCGAAGGACGACUGGAUGCUGGUGCGAGUGCAGUUUGUGCAGGACAAGGAGUUUCAGGUGGUGUUCCGGGCAACCUUGCCAGCCAGUACUGCAAUGUCCUUGAGCCUGGACGACGUGGCAGUGCGGCCUGAGCCAUGCGUGAGCCCGAUAGAAUGCGACUUUACGGAAGGCCUCUGCGGAUACAUAAACAGAUUCGAAGGGGACUUCCGUUGGCUUGUCGGUUCAGGCAGACUCGAAAAUCCUCGAGGGCAGCCGAAGUCACCCAUUCCUCAAGGUGCUUUUUCGUCGUUCACCUAUCUGGAUCUGACUACAGGCACAGGAGCAAACAGUGUCAGUGCCAAGACCAAGAAAAUAAACGCGGUUGGCCUUUUGAGCCCUGUGUUCAACGUCACGGACGAAGAAACCACCGUUAUUCUCCAAUACUACAGAAAUGGGCCAGGGCAAUCGAAUGGGUGA